AUGGCACAUUCAAAACGCAACACCUCCCUCCCGCACUUCACAUCCUACGAACGCACCCUCCUCCGCUCAACCUGGGGCUCCAAACGCAGCCACAUAAGCCGCGACUCCUUCCUGCCCUUCGCCUCAUGUCGCCUCUGCCUCCAACCCGCGCGCGCGCCGGUCGUCGCGUGCGCCACGAACGGGGAUCUGUUUUGCCGUGAGUGCGCGAUUAGCGAUCUGCUUGCGCAGAGGCAGGAGAUUAAGAGGUUGGAGAGGGAGAGGGAGGAGGCUCGGAUAUGGGGCUUGAGGGGGGGGAAGAAGAGGAAGGUGGAAGGUGAAGAGGUGGAGGGGAAGGUGGUGGAGGGUCAUGGUGAGGGUGAUGGGAAGAGGAGGAAGGUUUUCGAGUUGGAUAUGGCGCAGGUUGCGAGGGAGGAGCAGGAGAGGUUGAAGAAGGGGAUUAAAAAGGAGAAAGUUGUUAACCUGUGCACGCAGGACUCGAGUAAAUCAGCACUCCCAUCUUUCUGGGUCCCAUCUCUCACGCCGUCGACGGAUCACGAUGAAAUCACGGCUAACAAGGCCGUCAAAUUAACGCCCAUGUGUCCCGGCUCGAAUGAGACGCACACGCAUAGCUACUCUCUCAAGUCGCUGGUCGAUGUACACUUUACCGAAGAGAAGGACUCGGACGGGACGGUCUCGCGCGUGUGUCCUAGCUGCAAGAAGAAUCUUAGCAAUGGGUUGAAAGCUAUGCUGACGAAACCCUGUGGACAUGUGAUCUGCUCACCAUGCGUUACAAAGUUUAUGACUCCACACGACGUUCCAGAUCCCCAUGCCUCCAAGGAAGAACAGGCGAAGACUGCGGCGCUUCAUGGACUGGUGCUGUGUUACGUUUGCGAAACGGAUAUCACGCCUAAUGGGUCCAAUGGGGAUGCGGGGACGAAGAAGAAGUCUAAGAAGAAGGAGAAGGAUGCUAUUCUGCCUGGGCUGGUGGAGAUUAGCUCGGAGGGUACGGGAUUUGCGGGAGGUGGAGGGAAUGUUGUUACUAAGAGUGGUGUUGCAUUCCAGUGCUGA